CCCGGCCCCCUGAUACCACCCACUCCCUUGGGACUCCAUGGCGGGGUUACGCCCGGUAUGUUGUUCAAUGCCCAACUGGCCCUGGCGGCCACCCAGCAUCCGGCGCUCUUCGCGCACUAUCCUCAUCCUCUGGCGAGUCCCCUGCACCAGCUCAAGGGGCAUAGAUUCGCGCCCUACACGCUUCCGGCUCCUUCGCACGGCUCCGCUUUUGAAACCGUGACCCCUGGUAGCAGGACCCUGAGUCCGAGAUCACCACCGCCGAGGCCGCCAACCGACUCGCCGACGCCCACCGGUGGCGGCGCGCUCACCUCGACGACGCCCAGCUCCGCCGGCGAGCUAAAGUCCAUCGAGAACAUGGUGAACGGGCUGCAGGAGAAGAGAAGGAGAAGUCCGAGUUUGACACCCGGACAUCGGGGCGACGAUGCCGGCGGAGGGAGUCCGUGACAGGAGAACGAGCCUGUGAGUAGCACGAAGGACGACGAUCCUGAGGACGAGGACGAGGACUGCACCGACGAGUCCGGUGGCGACCCGGAGGACUUCUCCGCCGACGAGAGAGAGCCGGACUCCACGUCGGAGCCGUCGUAGCGGCAGGAACGUCGGCUGAUCGGCAUUCGAUUCACCCUGUUUCCUCCUAUACGGGGAUUCUGGCCGCGUCGUACGGAAGCGGGGAAGGCCAGACUCUCAUACUACAAAGUGCAAUUUUAUUUCCGGAGCGGCGCCGCGCUCGAGGAGUUCCCGCUCGCGGGCGCGAGCGGCGCCCUUCGUGCUUUCGGGACGGAACGAGAGUCCCCCCGCGUUGUUUCCUGUAUCUCUGUAAAUAGAUUUACGCGGCGCGCGCGCGUUAGGAGUAUGCGUCUCUGUUGAAGGACCGCAAGACUCGGGGAUGCGUUGGACUCUCGACGGACGCUGCGCCGAUCGCGCGUUAUUGUAAAUUAGACGAAACGAAAGAGCGAGUGAAUGCGAAUAGAAGGAAAAAUGAGUGUGAGAGAGGGAGAGAAAGAGAAAAAAAA